GUCAUGUUGAGGUUGAAGGUGAAGGAGCGGGUCGCUGGCGUUGCCGUGGUGAUACCGACCAGGCCCGAGACGAGCCAGUUCUCGCCGCAUCAGAAGUGCCCCAACGCCGGCUACGGAGUUUACUCUCAGGAUUACGGCCCAGAGUAUGUGAACUGCAACCGGACCCUGUGGAACCCGCACGGCAAUGGACUGUCCUAUGAAGACUUCCCCUUUCCAAUUUUCAUGCUGCGGGACCAGAAUGAGACCCAGAUCAUCCGCCAGUGUUUCCUCGAUCACAAUGCACAGGUGAAUGGGACAGCUCCAGAGUAUCCGCUCUGUGCCAUGCAGCUGUCUUCUCACAUGCAUGCAGUCAGGGACACUGUCACCUGUAUGAGACGAAAUACUGCACAAGUCACACUCACGCUCAACCCCGAGAUGGUCUGUGACCCGCUUGGUGAUUUCAACGUCUGGGCUGUAACGCGGCCGAUCAACAAGUCGGACAAGGCCGGUCCUGAGGCUCGCUUUGUGCUGGCAGCCACCAGGCUGGACGCUCGCUCCUUCUUCUGGGGACUGGCGCCGGGGGCAGACAGCGCUGUCUCUGGAUUCAUCGCUCUGCUGGCUGCCGCUGAGGCCCUCGCUCGCAUUGAAGGCGUCACAACACUGCAGAAAAACAUCAUGUUUGUCUUCUUUCAGGGGGAAAGCUUUGAUUACAUUGGCAGUUCCAGGAUGGUGUAUGACAUGAGCAAAGGGAACUUUCCCAUUCGGCUGAAGAAUAUUGACUCUUUUGUGGAGCUUAACCAGGUUGGACGAGGUACCUCUCUCUGGGCCCACACUGACCCCAUCUCUCGACUGAACUCUACCACUGAACAGAAGGUCCACAGCCUCCUGGAGUCUCUGUUCAACGCCACCUCGGGGACCAGCGUGACUGUGCAGGAGCCCACACGCAGCCAGCCGCUCCCGCCCUCCUCUUUCCAGAGGUUUCUCCGGGCGGAGGAGAUCCCGGGGACCGUGCUGACAGAUCACCACGCUGCCUUCACCAACAGAUACUACGAGAGCGCUUACGAUAUGCAGGAGAACAUCGGAUUGGAAUAUCCUGAAGGCCUGACUCCUGAGGAGUCCCUUAACUAUGUCACAGACACUGCCAGGGCACUCGCAGACGUGGGCACGGCGAUGGCCAGGGCCUUGUACCGUCAGGCCGGGGGCAACACCAGUCUGGGGAACAUCACAGCCAGCCCGCAGACGGUUUCUCGGAUGCUCUACACAUUCCUGGUGCAGCAGAAUAACUCGUGGAGCCGAUCGAUUCUGAGCACCGACGCCCAGAGUAUCGUGGGUAAGGAGCAGAUGAUGUUCUAUGUGUCUGCCAGUAUCCACUUGAACACUCCCACGCUUUUUGUGCAGCACAUCCUGGCCAAUCUGACUGGGACAGCCACUAACCUGACCGAGGAGCAAUGUCGGAAUGCAGACAAGAGGCCGGAGCAGGAUAGGGAUCUCUACGACUUUCUGUGGAUCCAGGGCUGGAAAGGUGAAAACGCAACUGAGCCCAAGCCCUACUGCGUGCAGAGCCCCGUCUGGCUAACCAAGGCUGUCUCGCCAGCCUUCGAGCUGAAGGACUGGGCCUCAACCGAGUACUCGACCUGGACCGAAAGCCGGUGGAAGGAGAUCAGCGCCCGCAUCUUCCUGGUGGCCAGCAGGAAGCUGGAGAUCAUUACGCUGCUGACUGGGAUCGGGGUCCUCUUGGUGUCACUCAUCCUCAUCUACUUUGUCAACGCCAAGGCCAAUGUCCUGUUCACCAGCCCACGGGAACACAGCACCUCCAGCUACUGACGUCAAGGACACCUUCACACAGCGUGGGGGGAGGGGUUCGGGGGUAGAGGG